AUGGAGGCCGCAAAGAGCAUCCAGGGCUGGGGAGCUUGUCCUGUCCUUGGCAUAGCGGAAGAGGAGGAGGUGGCCCAGGAGCUGGCCCAGGAGAGGGACUGGGAGCUCCUCCGGGGGGGCAAGGCAGGAGCUCCUGAGAAAGGGAAGGGGAAAGAGGAAGAGGAGGAGAAGAAGGAGAAAGAGAAGGAGAAGGAGGAGAAGAAGGAGGAGGAGCAGGAGCAGGGGCAGGAGGAGGAGCAGGGGAAGGAGGAGGAGCAGGAGAAGGGGAAGGAG